AUGGCCACGAAGGACUAUGCCCACGAGGCCAGAGGGGUUUACCAGGAAAGAUUCUGGAGUGUCUCCGCUGCAAAAACCCCAAGAUAUAGCAGUACCAACGUGGCGUUUAAUGAGGACGACGCCAGCGGAGUUCACUUCCCCCACAACGACGCGUUAGUAGUGGAAGCCAUGAUUGGGAACUACACUGUAUGCCGAAUCCGGGUAGACAAUGGGAGUUCGGUGGACCUCCUGUACUCUGACUGCUUGAAAAAGAUGGGGAUCCAAAAUGAGCAGUUGGAGAAGACCUCCAGGCCCUUAUACGGUUUCACCGGGGACUCCGUCAUCCUUCAGGGGACUAUCCGGCUGCCCAUAACCACCAGAGAAAAACCCUGA